UUUACAGUUGGCCCAGACUCGCCUAUUCUCUCUCGUUUUCUCUCUCAGAGCUCUCACAAGCUUACUCAGUCAUGGCUCCUCUCAGAAUUCUCCUCUGUGGUGACGUACUCGGCCGUCUCAAUCAGCUAUUUAAGCGCGUUUCUUCGGUGAACAAAUCAGCUGGUCCAUUUGAUGCUCUAUUCUGCGUGGGCCAAUUUUUCCCGGAUUCAAUUGAAGGGCUUGAGGAAUUCAAUGGAUACAUUGAAGGCAGCUCCAAAAUUCCCAUACCGACCUACUUUAUUGGGGACUAUGGUGUCGGGUCCCCGAAAAUUUUGUCAGCAGUAUUGAAGGACCCAAGUAAUCAAGGGUUUAAGAUGGAGGGUUUUAGAGUAUGUGACAAUUUGUUUUGGUUGAAAGGCAGUGGAAAAUUUGAGCUUCAUGGGUUAUCUGUGGCAUACUUAUCUGGUAGGCGAUCUCCAACUGGAGCUCAAUUUGGAACAUACAGUCAAGACGAUGUUGAUGCUUUGAGGGCUUUAGCUGAGGAUCCGGGAACAGUAGACAUAUUUCUUACUAAUGAAUGGCCCAGUGGAGUCACAAAUGGAGUGACAUCAAAUGUUCCUUCUGAAAUUUCUGAUUCAUCUGGUAGUGAUCCCACAGUGUCAGAAUUAGUAGCUGAGAUUAAGCCUCGGUAUCAUGUUGCAGGAACUAUGGGUGUAUACUUUGAUCGUCAACCAUAUGCUAAUGUUGAUGCUCCACACGUAACUCGCUUUCUGGGCUUAGCUUCUGUUGGAAACAAAGAUAAACAGAAAUUUAUUCAUGCAAUAUCCCCCACUCCGGCAUCAACAAUGUCGAAACCUGAACUUAGGGCAAAGCCACCAAACACUACUUUAUCUCCAUAUACCAACGUUGACAAAGCAGCCCCACCCGAUGGAGCAACGAAGAGGCCCGGUGAUAGUACGUCUGAGUCACAGUAUUGGAGAUAUGAUGUAUCUCAGAAAAGGCAGAAACAUGGAGAUGGUAAUGGCGACAGACUCUGCUUUAAAUUUGUCUCUUCUGGCUCUUGUCCAAGAGAGAAGUGCCACUUUAGGCAUGAUGAAGAAGCUAUGCAGCAGUACUCAAGAGGUGUGUGUUUUGACUUUCUCAACAAGGGAAAAUGUGAAAGAGGUCCCGAUUGCAACUUCAAGCACAGUUUGCAGGAAGAAGGUGGCAGAUCAGCGUCUGGUGCAGCAAGCUCUAACAGGUCUAGAGAAUGUUGGUUUUGUUUGUCAAGCCCGAAUGUUGAGUCACAUCUCAUCACUAGUGUUGGAGAAUAUUACUACUGUGCACUUGCUAAAGGACCUUUAUUACCAGAUCAUGCACUGAUUAUGCCCAUUGAACAUACACCCAAUACGUUAUCUCUUCCACAAGAAUGUGAAAAGGAAUUGGAACGUCUUCAAAACAGCUUCAGAGCUUACUUCAAAAAGCAAGGAAAGGAAGCAAUUUUUUUCGAGUGGGUAUUUAAACGAGGAAGUCAUGCCAAUCUUCAGGUUGUUCCUAUUCCUUCGUCCAGGGCAUCUUUGGUUCAAGAUAUUUUUAACUUGGCUGCUGAAAAAUUGGGAUUCAAAUUUACCAUAAUUAAAGAAGGAAGACAAGCGUUGCGGACACAGUUUGACAGAAGUUGCAGCUUAUUUUAUGUUGAAGUUCCUGGAGGUGGUAUUUUGUCACAUGUUGUGGAGGAGAAUGAGAAAUUCCCAGCUCAAUUUGGUCGUGAGGUUUUGGCAGGCUUGCUAAAUGUGGCAGAUAGAGCUGAUUGGAGAAAUUGUAAGGAUAGCAAAGAAGAAGAAAUUAAAAUGGUCGAGAGAUUCAAGAGUGGAUUUCAAGAAUAUGAUCCGAAUCAAUAGGAUAUCCAAGAAAGAUGCAACACGAGAGCUUUUCCUCUUGUGUUUUUCACCUUACACAACGUAACAUUGCCUUGAGGUUCUCUUUGCUCCUGGCUCGGUAUAAUUUGCAAGUGUUUGCAGUUCUUCAAAGCUCAUGUGUUUGCAUUAUGGUUGAACAGUGAUAUGAUUAUCUGAAAACAUUUUUGCCACAGGAAAGGAUGCAAAUGUCACCGGAUAGUAACUGCAUAUAUUUAGACACCAACAUUAGUUCAACAAUUUGGUGUUAUACUGAGAAAUUCUGCACCUAUUGUGGAACUUUGGUCUACUUGCAUAAUGGACAUUGGCCAAGUUGCUGCUAGGAGGUAUAGCAGUUCAAUUUUUAUGUAUGCUAUAUGUAUACACUCAGCUUGUCAGUUAGGCUAUUGAGAUAGUUGGACAAAACGUCGCAGAGCAGAACCAUCCACUGUAUGAAUGUAUGAAUGGAUCAUGUAUGAGCUUGUGAGUUUGUUUGCAACUGUUUGUGAUAAGAUGCAAUUUUAACUUUAUUGUCCGACGGAUUUGGUUCUUAUUUGUUAGAAACAUUACAAACUUUAUUGAUGGAACUGAUAUCAUGUUAACUGGUUCACCAGAAUAAAGAUUUAUGUAGUGUAACAAGAGUUCUUUC